AUUUAGGAUGAAGUCGCACAAUCACUCAUCAGUUUAUUGCCCAAUCAAGGAAUAGAUCUUAUCUGUGGUGUUCCAUACGCAGCUUUACCAAUAGCAUCGUGUAUUUCUGUUCGUAAAAAUAUUCCACUGGUGAUGUGUCGAAAAGAAGCAAAAUCUUAUGGUACUAAACAAAUGAUUGAAGGUGUAUGGAAGCAUGGACAAAAUUGUGUCAUCAUUGAAGAUGUUAUCACUUCUGGUAGUAGUAUUUCUUCUGUGGUUCAGCUUCUUCGACAGUCUGGUUUAUGCAUUGAACAUGCAUUUGUCAUGAUAGAUCGUGAACAAGGAGGACCUAGUUAUUUACAAGAUCAAAAUAUUAAAAUUACCAGUUUAUUCACGCUAACUGAAUUGUUGAAUAUUUUACAUGAAGAAAAUUGUAUUAGUAAAGAACAAUUUGAUGAAACUAUUUUAUUUAUUCAUAAUUCACCAGCACCUAAGAUCUCAUCGGAAUUGAAAUUUUCCUGUUCUCAAUUGGAUCGAUUAAAUCAAAUUAUUCAAUCGAAACAAUCGCGUUUAUGCAUAGCUCUGGAUAUUUUAGAUCCAAUCAAAUUAUUACAAUUAACCAAUGAAAUUGGAUUGGAAAUUUGUGCUAUCAAAUUACAUUUAGAUAUUUUAUUGUCUAAUCAAAAUCCCGAAAUGAUUAUUCAAGGUUUAUGUGAAUUAUCAAUGAAAUAUGGUUUUUUAAUUAUUGAAGAUAGGAAAGUAGCUGAUAUUGGACAAACAGUGUAUAAUCAAUUAUUGUAUGGUGUUUAUAGAAUUGCUGAAUGGUGUGAUAUGAUAACAGUACACUGUUUACCUGGUCCUGGUUUAUUCGAUGCUUUUCGUAAAGUUAAUAAAAAAUUACUAGAAAAUGAAAGACAACAUCAAGUCACAGCGUUAGUAGUGACUGAAAUGAGUUGUCAAGGGGCUUUACCAACUGAUUUAUAUCAAGAGCAAUGCAGUUAUUUGAUUUUAUCGAAUACAGACACUAUUGGUGGUAUUGUAGCUCAACAUCCUAUUCCAGGAUUAAAUAUGUGUUCUUCAAAUAUUUCUUACUGGGCACCAGGUAUAAAACUUGUGAAUUCCACUGAUGAUUUAGGUCAAAAUUUCAAUACACCAGAACAGGUGAAGAAACGAUUUACAACGACCACUUCAUCAACAUCAUCACCAUCAUGCUCGAUGAUAAUGAUCGUCGGUCGAGGAAUAAUUGAGUCAGAGAAUAUUCGUGAAGAAGCUGUAAAAUAUCGUUUAGCAUCUAUUCAAUAAAUCUAUGAAUGAGCAGAUGGAUUGAUAGAUAGAAUCAUGAAAGUUAUCUCUACAAAUUCUGAUUAUUUUUCUAGAUUAUAGUGAUCGGAUUUUCAGAAGAUCGAUUCAAGUAUUUUUCCAAAAAAUUGUUGUGAAUAUUAUCACGAAAUUAAAAAAGAUAGUUU